AUGAUUUUCGAGUCGAAUCCCGUCGCCCAAGCCGUCGACGACGACCAUAUAAGUGGCUCCAGCAAAACAACACCGCCAGGGCUGCUGUUCGCCAUCGGCCACAACACUGUGGUCCAACCUGGCCUGUCGAAUCCUGGAUGGGAUCCCGCCAUGCUUGCGCGAAGCAUGUCUCACGUCUUGACUGACGGAUACUCCAGUCAACCUGCGAUCCAGUCCCAGCCGCUUCAGAAGGCUCUGACCCAGCACCCGCAACAACACUAUCAAGGCCACAGGGUUCCAGUGCCAUUCACAAGUCAGGGCAACAACAUUGCCAGGAUCAGCGCCGUUCCCAUGAAUCGCUCUCAAUCGGCGCAGCCAGACCUCAUGCGUGGUCACAUGGGACACCCAAGCAGCACGGGCCAGCCGCUCCCCAUCGUCAACGAGCACGACGUCCUUCAGGGUGUUGGCAAGAGUCCCGCCGACUAUCUUGCUGGCCAGCCCGACGACUCGGACUUCCUGUCUACCCGCCUUGAUGGCUGGGGCAACAUGCCCUUCGACCACUUUUACUACGCCGACCCGCAGUCGAGAUGCCCUUCAAUGAUCUCAGGUUCCACAAUGCCCGAGGCAACGCCCAUGACCCGAGGGAACAGCACCAUGUCCAACGCAUUGCAUACGGGCACACCCAUGGUCCAAUCGGGAUCGGCGCAGAGCAUGGUAUACGGAUCAGACAUGAACCUGUUCGCACUAUAUGGCGAUGGCAGCAAGGACCCCCUUGUCCCCUUCGACUCGCUCGACGGUUGCGGUGCCAGCUUCAAGCCCCACGGUGACUACACGUCGAAUGAAACGGAGGCUGCGACCGCGAAUCAGGCCCAGUCUGCCGAGAUGGAGAGGACCGAGUCAAACAUGAGCACGUCCAGCACCAGCUCCCAGCGGCGAUACCGCGAGCGACAACAGCAAAUCCUUCGCAACGGCCAAGCGCAGUCCAAGCUGGAGCCCAAGCCGCAACCGCCUCAGACCAACGCCGACGCCAAGAAAAACCCAGUGGCCCUGCCCAAAUCCACGCAGCAUGCCGCGCCGCAAUCUUCCAAGAAACUUCGCUGCACAGAAUGCACCGACUACACCGAGUUUCGAGGCGACCACGAACUCCGACGCCACAUGGACGCGAAGCACAACCGAUUCGUCACGGUCUUCCAGUGUCGCGACCCUGCCGCACAGGGCAUGAGCAGCGCGGUCCGGCCCAAAGUACCCUUGCUCGGUUGCAAGAGCUGUGACGCCGGCAAGUUCUACGGCCAAUACUACAACGCCGCAGCACACCUUCGCCGCGCGCACUUUUCGCCGCGCGAGGCCCGCAGCAACCGCCGCAACUCGAAACAAGAGAAGCGUGGCGGCAGCGCGGGCGGACACUGGCCUCCCAUGGACGAGUUGAAACUAUGGAUGGUCAAGGUGAGCGUUUCUCAGGAGGAUGCCAAGAAGGGCUCCUCCUCGGCCACCUCGAGUCCUUUGGAACCUUCCGAUGCCGACGACGAGACGAUCAGCUCAGAUGACGCGGAGGUUGAUUGUCAGGAAUCAGGCCAUGCAUCUUUCAGCUUGUCCGAGACCAGCUCUGGAACCGGGACACCGGAUCAGAGCGCCUACACUGUCGCGGGUGCUUGCAUGGACUUUAGCUACGGAUCGACAAUGCCGGCCAUGGACGCCAUGGGAUACUCGCCCGCAAGCUUCGAGCCAGCUCCAUGGAUCGAUCAUGAUCUCUGCACUUUCGCACAAUCAUCAUCUUUUGAAUUGGUCGACUCGAUGUUUCCUUCGAACUGA